AUGUCUCUCCCAGCUUCCGUCAACUUCACCCAGCAUAGUCGAAUUGAAAUCAAGUGUAAUUCGAAUUUCGACAACACUGUGGAAAUCAUCAAAUACUCCUUGCAGUUAGCCUAUCUCAUCCCGGGAAUUUUGAUACAUUUUGGGAUUUUGAGGACGAUUUUAUGGAAGUGUUGGAGGUUUUAUCGGAGCAAUUCGUUUUUCAUGAUUUUUGCGGUGGAUUCGAUGGCGGUGAGUGGAUUUUCGAGCGGAGCGAGUGUAGACCGCAAGCCUCCGCGCAGCGGCACUGUCUACCGCAAAGCGGCCACGCCUAAGGUCUCAGCCCGAUCUCCAUGCUCAAGCCUAGGUCUAGACUUAAUUCUCGAGCGCCCCUGGCGCGAGUGUAAACCGCAAGCCUCCGCGCAGCGGCACUGUCUACCGCGAAGCGGCCAGGCCUAGGAUCAGCCUGAGCUCCAUGCUCAAGCCUAGGUCUAGACUUAAUUCUCGAGCGCCCCUGGCGUGAGUGUAAACCGCAAGUUUCCGCGCAGCGGCACUGUCCAUCGCGAAACGGCCAGGCCUAGCAUCAGUCCGAGCUCCAGGCUUGAGCCUAGGUCUAGUCCUAAUUCUCGGGCGCCCCUGGCGCAAGUGUAGACCGCAAGCUUCCGCGCAGCGGCACUGUCUACCGCGAAGCGGCCACACCUGAGGUUGCGAGGGGGGGGGGGUUGCUUAAGGUAGAGAGGAGAGAUCUCAGCCCGAGCUUCAGACGUGUAAACCGCAAGCCUCCGCGCAGCGGCACUGUCUACCGCGAAGCGGCCACGCCUAAGGUCUCAGUCCUAAUUUUGGAACUAAAGAAGUAUAAUCGACACUAAUUUUUCAAAACAUUUUUAUCAUUGGUCGGAAAAGCCUUAAACUGCCCUAAUCUCGAUCUCUAAAUAUAAAGCUGAAAAUUGAAACGUAUAUUUUCAUAGAAACAUAUUUUUUGUCAGUUGAACUUUUGAGAUUUCCCAAAUAUCAUUAUAGUUUAAUUAUACAUUUGUCAGGUUGAACUUUUUCGAAUGAUCUAUGACUCAUACAUGAACUGGGACUCCGAAUUAGGAGGGAGGGGGUUAACUUCUGGUGGAUUUUUAGAGGUAGGGGGCUUAACUUUUGAAAAUUUUAGGGUAUUUUAUGCUUUUUGUGAUAAAAAAUCAGCAAAAAAUGGGUUAGGGGGUUAACUUUUUGAAAGUUCCCCCCCCGGGAGGGGGGUUAACUCAAGGGUCCCCAGAGCGACUAGUUCAUGUAUGUCUAUGAGAUUUUCGUGGCAAUUCAUGAUUAUUUUUCAAAAUCAUUUUAUAGAGCGUGAUCAUGCUAAUUUUCGCCGCAUUCUUCAAUCGACCCACAAUGUACAUCCCUCCACUUUGCCCAAUUUUAUCCCCAUUUUUCGCCGAUCCCUCAACCCUCCUUAAUGUAUCCUAUAUUAUCCCGAAUUAUCUUCGAGCUAUGAAAUCUGUCACUCAAAUUUUUAUGAGUUUGAAUCGAAUGAGUUGUGUUAUAUUCCCCCAUUCUUAUACUACAAUUUGGAGAAAAUAUCUGAAAUUUUCGAUAGCUAUAAUCCUAUUUAGCCCAAUUUUUGUGACCUGGAACCUAUUUCUAUCAAGAGUUUUUGUGAUGCCUUAUUUUGGCGGGUUUACCUAUGGUUAUUUGAAAUAUUUCGAAUGGGCGAGUCUAUCACAAUUCCAAUUUGUAUUUUUAUCCUUGGCAAUUUUGGUGACAAUUAUUAGCACAAUUAUAAUUUUAAUAUAUUUAUUGAUGCUUCCAACACGCGUCAAAUCCCUCGAAAAAACCCUGUGUUUCACAAAUCUCACGAUCUCUAUCAGUUUUAUGAUUGUCACGGCAUUUCAAAGUUUCUACGCGUUUUUUCCGAAUGUUUUCACCGGGUUUCUCUCGAAUUUUGUGUUUGGUUUGCAAUUUUUGAGCUACGAUUUUUUGAAUAUCAGUUCUCCAAUUGUGAUGAUUUUGAUGAAUGCUCAACUCCGCGAGCAUAUUUUCAAAAAUCAAGGAACUUUUGGGAAUUCGAUUAUCCGAGUUUCACAAACUCAAAAUAGUGUGCUUUGA